AUGACCCUGAAGUCUGAGUCUACUACUAGCCAUCAAAGUGAAGCCGAGUCAGAACCUACUGGAAUUCCUGACGAUAACUUUAUGGCAGAGACUAGAUUUAAUACUGUCACCAGGCAUAAGAAGAUCAACCUAACCUUGUGGGAAAAGGAUGCUGGACCGGGGGACAGUGUAGAAGCAUUGGUCAACUACAUAAUAAGGGCCAUGUACAAGGCUGCUCUUCAUAAUUACUUUAAAGAAUGGACUCUGGUCAAAUUCAAUAAGCUUGACAGGACCACUAGAAGCAAGCUAAAAGACUUCCUUCAGAUAGAUAUUCCCCCAAGAUGGCCAGAUGACAUGAUCGCUGGCAAGAAAUUUAACUCAAGAUCAAGGAUGGCCUUAGGUCAACAAGCUCAGUUAAUACCAAGGAGUGACACCACCCCACCAGCUAAGAGAAUUAAGAAUUAUAAUAGGAAUCACCUUAUUGGAUUGCCUUAUUCUAACAAGGAAAAGGAAGAGACAACACUUAGGAGAGAUCUAGAGAGAAGAAUCAACAAUAACCCCCUACAGCUGGAGACUCAUGUCCGAGAUCUUAAUAGUCGUACACCCUUGACUGGUGCCAACGCAGUGCCGAUAGGGACACCGGCCCCCAGUCCAAUCAAGAUAUCUACCACACCACCUCCGCGUCCCUCUACGUCGUUGACAUCUGCGAGGCAACUUGAUGAGUACAUGAGAUUGCCGCCUACAGAGUAUGAACAAGAGGAUAUUGACCCGUCGUUGGCCGCAAAGUUUUCCAAGGCAUAG